CUCCCCACUUCCGGUGCCUUUGAGCAGGAUUAGGAAUCUUACCUGGGACAGGGAAGACCGGUUGUAGAGCAGUUGCCUCCACCGAAGAGGUCAGACCUGCUAUUUAAUGUCAGGCAAACCGGUGCGAUCGAUGAAAAUGUUUAGUCGUGCUUCACAGAUUUUGGAUACAUGUGCAAUUUAAAUGGUCGUACUUUGCAGCCCUGGCUAGGAGUGCAGAGUUGUUGGUUGGUUGCUCGUCUUAACUUGGCUAGAUAAGAUAAACAGUCAAUGUGUGCUUAACAUCCAUCCAUCCAUUUUCUCUACAGUACUUCUUAAACCAAAAACCUUCUUGCUGCAUCAAUGCUAAAUGUAUACAAUUAAAAGUGUUCAUACUCUACAUUCAAAAACAGAAUAAAUAUAGACCAUUUAUCAGCCUGGACAGAUUUGUUAACGUGAACAACUUUAUCCUAAAGCUGAAGGAGAACUUUGCGUUGCUUAUCUUGUACAGUGGCAGACUAACAUUGUGGGCAAACUCACAGCACCUUAAGGUGCUUUCACAUAGAUGUAGGCCUGUUUCCUGCCUCAAACUGUAGUGCUUUAGAGCAGCAUAGUAGUGUAUUUCCCUUGGAAAUAAAAUGGGGAAAAUUGACAUGCUCAACUAUGCAGUAUCAGUAUUAGGCCCCUGCACCCGAAAACAAGAUUUUACUGGAACUUACUAAAGUAUUUACACUAUGUGUACAUCAGGCUUAUGCAUCUACCAGGCAGUCAUACCAGAGAUACGUCGGGCCGUCCUCGACCAAAGAAAUUCUUAGUCGACUAACACUCAUACGAUUUUGUUUACAAAUGAAUUAGUUGAUUUAAUUGACAGACCUGCAAAACUGUUUCUCCACAAAGAGUCACACGAAAGCACCCCUCUAAGUAUUGUGUUUACCAGACAUCUUGCUCUUAAGUUUCCUGGAAAUACGUCAUUCAGCAUGAAAAAGCUCCAAAAAUACUAAUCUUAAUCAACUAAGACCAAAAUUGACCAAUUAGUUGACUAAUCGACUAAGAGGAGCCAGCCCUAGAAAUGGGCUGUCAAAUAUAAUGGAUUUAAAACAUGGAAUAUAAUAAGGUUAUGUCAGGGGACACGGUACGGAGAAGGAAAUCCUGGGUGUCGAUUGGGAAACCAAUAUGUCCCAUGAUUUUACUUUUGAGUUUUGAUGUUUGCCUUAACUGCAAUUAACACUUUUCCAGUGUACCUCUCCAUCUAACCUCCAGCUCAUGUUGGCUCUUUAAUAUUUUACUGCUCCCUGCUAUUAUAUGUAAAACUGAUGCCCCAACAAAAGAUUGUAAAGAAAUUGUCUAUAUUCUAAUAAAGGCUUAUUCAGUUCACAGAGGAGCUUGCAGUUGCGAACGUAAUUAACUAAGGCUACAGGAAGCUGUAGCUGCUUCACUAGAGGUGAAACAUUGUUCAGAUCUUAUCAAGGUUUUGAGUGAUUGAUUGGAUCGGCAGAAAAAAAGUGAGCAAAUAUAUCUUAUCCUUUUACUUUUUUACUGUCAUCUCUAGUGGUUAUUUGCAUACAAAUACAUAAUUCAAAUGGUUAGGAAAAAAAUAUUCUAUUAUUGUUUGUGAAAACAUGUCCUUCAAACAACUCUAUUCAUUCAAGUUUCUCGCCAAAAGCUACAUUUUACUAGAUUACAUUUGUACACAUCAAAAUGUAUCAUUUACCUCUGCCCAAUACUCAUUUUCACUGACUAGAGCAUGAAUGCAUCAUCAUAAUGUAACUCAAUGCAACCUCCGUGCCUUAACUGUUAGCUUCAAUGCUAACAAUGUUACUAGCUCUCUUCCUGCCGAUUUCGAAUUUGUUGUUCAAAAUGUAGCAUCAGCAAAUAAAAACCAUUAUCCCCAAUCCCAUAUUUUUACUGAAUAUCUUCCGAUAGCGAUUGUCAGUUUAACUUUAUUUCACACUAUGAUGGUUAAACUGUGUGAUUAACCCACGGGGCUGGGGGAUCUGAACGGAUCCUGUGUAUCCAUCUAUCAGCUACCUUACGCUGCCUUACCUAGAGUUCCCUUUUGAUGUUUUCUUUGAUGCUGAACUUUUGACUGCUCUCCUCCACUGCGUCUUCAGCUGCAGUUUGCAGUGAGGGGGCUGCAUGGAGAAGAUGCAAAUAUGUUGUCCUGUGGGAUUACGGUUCUUUCCGAGCUAAUAAGGUGGUUUCAUUAUUCCCCCCCUCCAUCUUGCCUUCAAAACCCCCCGUUUUUUACUAUUUUAUUUUUGGACAUUGCAGCAGUGCUCUGUUUCACUAGCAGCUUACACUACGUUGAGCUCAUUCAGCUUGACUUCAUAUAUUCCCAUGAAAUGGAGAUUAAUGAAUGGUGACUAGUUUGCCUGGACUGUAUCUUUUCCCUGCCUGUGGAUGUAGGCUUGUUCCCUUUUUUUGCAGAAAAAAAAGUACCAAACCUUCAAUUGGAGUUGUGAAAGACUAAAUGUAUUUUCUGUAACCUCUCGUAUAAGCAUCUUGCCGUUGCAUCUAGUGACAUACUGGCUGAUCACAGCAGCCCUUUAAACAGCUGGACUUAUUGCAAUAUCUGGUUUGGCUGUCAUUGCAAUUAUAUUGUUACACAGAGAGGGGGAGGGAGGGAGGGAGGGAGGGAGAGAGAGAGAGAGAGAAUAUCUACACGAAAGGGAGGGUUGGAGGAGAAGGGAGCGGUGCAAACUGUGCGCAUGAUAGCAUAACAGCAGUAGGGAAGGAGGGAGCCAGCCAGCCAGGCUUUCUGUUUGCGUGUAGUGUGUGUGUGCGUGUGCGUGUGUGUGUGUGCGUGCACGCGCGCGCGCUUCAUUCAGAAAAAGAGAGGAGGCAGUCAAAAAAGAGUUCUGUCCAUUUUCAUGAAACUCAUUUACAAAAACAGCUGACGGUACAGACAGGGAGGAAGAGAGCCAGCGUGAAGACAAAGAAAGUAGAAUGAGCUGAAGAGAGUGACCGAGGGCUCCUGACUGGAGGACAGACCAUGCUGCUGCACUGAGCCGGAGGGAGAGAAACGAGCGAGGACCGCUGAGGUGGUGGCUGGCCCGUUGGUGUGCCCCUCCCCUUUUAUCUGGCCGGCUAGCUGCUGCCUCUUCAGUUCACCUGAUCGCUCCCCAUCCCGAAGGCUAAGGCGUGCUAUGGACUGCGCUUCGCCCCCUGCUGCAGCCCACCCCAGUAUACUGCCUUAGUGGGUUCCCCUCAUCUUCCUGUGUGGUUCCCAUCCAGACUCACUGUACAGAGUCUAGCAAAGAUCUGGUACCACCUACAGCCACUCCUGGGUUCUCCACCCAACCCCUCCCCCAACUCCCACCCUCUCCCCCUCCCCUAAGAAGAUGUCAGUGAGCCUGACAACAGACAUCCAGCAGGAGGGAGAGAGUGGGCCACUCAUUGAGCCCUGCAGUCGAGGCAAGACCUCCCCUCAACCACAGUGCACCAAGGAAGGGACAGGAGAGGGCCUGGAGCCUGAGGAUGGUGCCCCCCAGGAUGCACAGAAACGGGCUCCUAAUCACAGCCAUGGAAGGAAAAGGGCCAAGUCUAAUGCCAAACUGAAGCUGGUACGGAGUCUGGCAGUGUGUGAGGAGUCCUCUGGUCCGUUCUCCAAUGAUGGACUUCCAGACUCGGAUAUCAUCCAGCUUCACAUCAGCUGUCCAUCAGACAAGGAAGAGGAGAAGUCCUCAAAGGAUGAGUAUGAAAAUGAAGAGAAGGAGAAGAAGGACAAGGCUCCGCGAAAGAUGCUGUCACGUGACUCCAGUCAGGAAUACACUGACUCCACGGGCAUCGACGUUCAUGAGUUUCUGGUCAACACACUGAAAAACAAUCCCAGGGAUCGAAUGAUGCUGCUCAAACUAGAACAAGAUAUCUUGGAGUUCAUUAAUGACGACAAUAACCAGUAUAAGAAGUUUCCGCAGAUGACGUCUUAUCACCGCAUGCUGCUGCAUCGUGUGGCCGCCUACUUCGGCAUGGACCACAAUGUAGAUCAGACAGGCAAGGCUGUCAUCAUCAACAAGACGGGCAACACGCGCAUCCCAGAACAAAGGUUCUCCGAACACAUCAAGGAUGAACGUAACAUGGACUUCCAGAAGAAAUUCAUCCUUAAGAGAGAUGAUGCCAGCAUGGACAAGGACGAUAAUCAGAUCCGUGUGCCGCUGCAGGAUGGGCGACGUAGCAAGUCCAUUGAAGAGCGAGAGGAAGAGUAUCAGCGGGUACGAGACCGGAUCUUUGCCCGAGAAGUGUCCUUUUUCUUACAGUCCUCUCAAAAUGGAUACAUCAAUGACAACAGACUUUCCACUGAGGGCUACUGCUCUAGCUCUCAAAAGAGGAGGCAGAUCUUUAGAGGGAACCGUGAGAGCUCCAGCCGGGCGUCUAGCAGUCGUCAAAGCAGCACAGACAGUGACAUGAAGUGCCUGGAGCCACGACCCUGGAGCAGCACCGACUCAGACAGCUCCAACCGCACCCUACGGCCCCCCGUCACCAAGGCUAGCAGCUUCUCUGGCAUCUCCAUCCUCACCAGAGGGGAUAGCCUUGGCAGCAACAAAGGCUCACAGGGAAGCUGCAAAGGCUCUCGCUCUGGCCUGCCCCUAGUCAGUCCUGAUGUGUGUCCCCCACCUGCAGCCUCCCAGUCCAGCCGUAGCCUCCUCCCCUGCCCAUCGCAACAGCCACAGUCCCAGGUUCCGCCUCAGACGGCCCUGCUGCCCACUCCACAGCAACACCCCAUGAACCACAUGAUCGCUCAGCCAGUGGCAUCUCUGCAGCCCUCUCAGCCUGUCUCCUACUCCAGCCCUUCCUGCCCCCAGGUUCUCCUGCCAGUUUCUCCUCCCCAGCAGUACACAAUGGGAGAAGAGCUGGCGCCCCAAUUCACCCAGAUGACGCUGAGUCGGCAGAGCUCCAGUGAGAACCCUGAGCCUCCACCCAUGUAUCAGGCUCCUCCCACAGUGCUGACCCAGCACCCCCCUCCCCAGACCGGAUACAUCAUGGCUACCACGGGUCAGCCUAUGCCGCCUCCGUCUGGUUACCAGCCGGCCACUGGACACCCCCAUCCUCCACCUCCACCGCCUCCUCCAUCCCAACCCGUCAUGCAGGCCCCACCCCCCCCACAAGGCUACAUGCAGCCCCCUCCACCUCAACAGAUACAGGUGUCCUACUAUCCUCCUGGUCAGUAUCCCAGCUCUGGCCAGCAGUACCGUGUGCCCCAGCCCAUGUCCCACCAGGUGUCUUAUCCUGCCCAGCGCACACAACCCAUGCCUCAGCCCACACAGCAGUCAGGUCUCCAGACGAUGAUGCCCAGCCAGCAGCCGAGCUACCAGGGUAUGAUGGGUGUGCAGCAGCCCCAAAACCCUGGUCUGCUUAACUCCCAGAGGGCCGGCAUGGGAGGACAAAUGCAAAGCAUAAUGGUUCAGUACCCACAGAUGCCAUCAUAUCAGGUUCCAGUGGGAAAUGAAAAUCAGCAGGUGGUGCAGCAGCAGUACCAGCAGCAGGUGAUGGUUCCAGUCAGCCAGUCUGUCCAGGGGCCCAUGCCCGUCUACUACAGUGUUAUUACACCCACACAGCAGAACAGCACAAGCCCGGCAGUAGGUUACCUGCAGCCCCCCAGCUCUGAGCAGUAUCAGAUCACACAGUCGCCGUCCCCUUGCAACCCUCAACAGUUGCAGCAGCAAUAUUCAGGAGUACCGCCUCCUGGGCCCGGGGUGAUGGUCAUGCAGCUCAGCGUCCCCAAUGGGCCACAGCCUUCCCAGAACCCUCCUCUGGUCCAGUGGAACCCAUGCAAGUACUACAGCAUAGAGCAGAGGCCCAGCAAGCCAGGGGAGCUGUACAAACCGGACAACACUCCACAGGCCAGUACUCAGCUGACGAGUCCCCUGACCUCCCCCACUCAGUCUCCCACCCCGUCUCCCUCCGGCAGCGUCAGCAGCGUCUGUCCAGGCCUGGGACCGUUGCCCCUCAUCUCCCAGUUCCCCCGGCCAGGAGGAUCCGCUCAAGGUGACGGGCGCUACUCUCUGUUGGGGCAACCUCUGCAGUACAGCCUGUGUCCUCCACUAAUGCAUGGCCAGUCCUCCUACAGCUCCCAUCAGGGCCAAGGAGUGAUGAAGCACGGGGCACGGGGGAAAAAACAAACACUCAAAUCUGCAUCGACAGAUCUCGGCACAACUGAUGUAGUGGUGAGUCGAGUACUCGAGGUAACGGACCUGCCAGAGGGCAUUUCACGUCCAGAGGCCGAAAAGCUCUUCAACCAGCUGUCGAUGUGCGGUGCCAAGAUCCAGUGGCUGAAGGAGCCCCAGGGAGGCCGAGGAGGAGGCUGUGGCCCCUGUCCUGGUGCGGUCCCCGCCGGGCCGGGAGCCGCCGGUGGGCUCGUGGCCGGCAUGGGAGCGAAGGGCGACUGCGGCGACCCGGCUCACCUCUACACGGUAGUGGCAGUGUUCCCCAGCACCAUGGCCGCCCAGAGUGCUUCCUUCAAACUUAACAACAACGGGGCCAGCCUCUUCAAACUGAGGGCCGCCAAAAAGAACUAUGACCUGCGCGUUCUGGAGAGAGCCAGCUCUCAGUGAAAGGAGAAGAGAGGGGGAGGAAAGGAAGGAAGCAAAAGAGAGACUCUUGGUGGAGUGGUGGAAAAGGAGGGAGGACUGAGGGGGACUGCUCUUAGUGUACAAUUUAAAAACAAAAACAAAUGAAACAAAAAAAUACUUGAGUUAAAUGUGUCAAAUGUAUAAAAGGAAAGAAGGUGUGAAUUCUGAGGUGGCUGGUGUUUGGUUGCAGAAAUGAUUUAGUUUUUGUUUUUAUUCAUUGUUUUUGUUUUGUAUUUAUAUAGCAGAAGAGCACACAAGACACACACGAGCAUGUGUUUCACUGUUGCUGUGGAAUGUGUGCUGCCAUUAUACAAAAACACAUGAAAUGCCACACACACACACACACACGCGCAGGCAACAGGGUCACGUAGCACAUAACAGAAACACACUGGACAGUCGACCUCAGUCAGACCUUUUCCUCCUCCCUCUGCUCUCCAACCCUCCCUCCUCUUCCUGCCAACGCUUUCUCUCCUUCCCCAACUCUCCGUCACCCAGUCGUCUCUUGAGCUCACAUAUUUAUACAUUUUCAGACACACAGUUGCGCACUCGCUCAGCUCCUUUCUUGCCAUGUCUCAUACGGCCUGCUAUCUUUCUCUGCUCCUCUGUCCCUCUCAUUUACUCUCUCACUGCUCUCUCCACUCCUGCUUUCUCUUUGCCUUACUGCUGUUGUGGGUUUCUGUAUUGCGCUGUUUUUUUUUUUUUGUUUUUUUUCUCAGAAGUUUUUUGUUAUUUUUUUUUGGGAUUCAAUAUAUUUAUACAAGUGAUGUAAGGAUUAAAAGAAAACUAUAUAUUCAGUGAUUUUUUUCUUUCUUUCUUUCCCCCGAGUGAAAAAGUUUAGGUCCUCCUUUAUCCUUUACUCCUUCCCUCUUCAUCCCCCUCUCCUCUUUCCUAGAUUUGUUUCCUCCUUACUGCCCUCUACCUCACUUCUUCGGUCUUCUCCUCUCUCCCUAAACUGUCCCCCCCCCCCCCCGACGCUCCAUUGUGUUUGCGUUUUUUCGUUGACAGCUGUGCAGAACGUAUCAGAAGAAGUAGUUAAAGUGCACAAUGUUUGCAUAUGUCUACUGUAAAUUUUAUUUAAUCUGUUAUUUUUUGUUUGUUUUUAAAAAUAUAAAAGUCAAGAAAAAAUCUAUCAAAACAUCUGCUGUGUCAUGUGGUUCAUUGUUUGACUUUAUUGUAGCUGACUCUAAAGUUUGAGCUGCAGAGAGCCUUGGUCUCCUGUGUGUGUGUGUGUGUGUGUGCGUGUGCGUGCGUGCGUGCGUCUGUCUGUCUGUCUGUGUGUGUCUGUGUCCUCAAACAAUGAUGCUCCUUGUGCCCUCUAUGGAAGCAUCUGCAUUCAUUUAUUCAGGUUUUUCUUUUGAUGUAUUUAUUCGUCUGUCCAUGUGU